GGAAGUCGUUGCGCAUGGAACGGACGACCUCGGCAUUGGUUGUCCCUGAGACAGGGCCGGGGACCGGCGGAGACAGGAGCCCUUUCGACUGUCUAAAACCGCAAGCCAUCACCCUGAUCCUUCACUUUGUGUAUAGCACAUGCUCUUCAGUGCCUCCUCGUCCUGCUGGAUGGAGACCUACUAAACUUUUCAGGUUUCUUCUCGGACGAUCCACGGCCGUCUCAUCUUGUAUGCGGGCCGCGCUUCUCUAGCAUCGUUGUUGUUCAGUUCAACCUCCCUUUUCCCUUCCCUAUCUGUUAGCCACCUCUCCAACAAGAUGAGAUCGUUUGUGCGAGCGUUACGUCCCGCGGCGCGGAGGAGUCAGGCCGUGUCUGCUCCCAGGAUACGACAGCCGGGCUUGGCUGCUGUUCAAGGCGCCCGCCCGCUUUCCUCAACCGCCGCCCGCCGUGACGCCAGCCUCGCAGAUGUCGCCCCGACACCCAUCACUCACUUCUCCGAAAUCGAGACCGCCAUGGCCGAGACGGUGCAGAAGUUCGCCAACGAGGUGAUUCUACCCAAGGUGCGGGACAUGGACGAGGCGGAGCAGAUGGACCCGGCGGUGGUCGAGCAGCUGUUCGAGCAAGGCCUGAUGGGCGUCGAAAUCCCCGAGGAGUACGGCGGCGCGGGCAUGAACUUCACGGCUGCCAUUGUCGGCAUCGAGGAGCUCGCCCGCGUCGACCCCUCGGUCUCGGUCAUGGUGGAUGUGCACAAUACGCUCGUCAACACGGCUGUCAUCAAGUGGGGCAGCCAGGCGCUGAAGAAGAAGUACCUCCCCCGUCUGGCCACCAACACAGUCGGCUCCUUCUGCUUGUCGGAGCCCGUUAGCGGGUCGGAUGCGUUUGCUCUGGCCACUAAGGCCACCGAGACAGAGAGUGGCUUUAAGAUCAACGGCAGCAAGAUGUGGAUCACCAACAGCAUGGAGGCCGAGUUUUUCAUUGUAUUUGCCAAUCUUGACCCCAGCAAGGGCUACAAGGGCAUAACUGCCUUUAUUGUUGACAAGGACAUGAAGGGCUUCAGCAUCGCUAAGAAGGAGAAGAAGCUCGGAAUCAAGGCGAGCAGCACGUGUGUGCUCAACUUCGACGACGUUGAGGUGCCCAAGGAGAACCUGCUGGGCGAGCGAGGCCAGGGGUACAAGUAUGCCAUCUCGUUGCUGAACGAGGGUCGCAUCGGCAUUGGCGCGCAGAUGACAGGUCUGGCGCUCGGCGCAUGGGAGAACGCGGUCAAGUACGUGUGGAAUGACCGCAAGCAGUUCGGCCAGCUGGUAGGCGAGUUCCAGGGCAUGCAACACCAGAUUGCCCAGUCGUACACCGAGAUUGCCGCGGCUCGUGCGCUGGUGUACAACGCGGCGCGCAAGAAGGAGGCCGGCGAAAACUUUGUCAUGGACGCCGCCAUGGCCAAGUUGUAUGCGUCGCAGGUUGCCGGGCGCGUGAGCGGCCUGGCUGUUGAGUGGAUGGGCGGCAUGGGCUUCGUACGCGAGGGCCUGGCGGAAAAGUUCUGGCGUGACAGCAAGAUCGGCGCUAUCUACGAGGGUACCAGCAACAUCCAGCUCAACACCAUCGCCAAGUUGCUCCAGAAGGAGUAUACCGUCUAGUCGUGUGCAGUGGGCGCAGAAUGCGGGUUUAUGAACGGAGUUCGGCAUUGGCGACUGAGGCUAAAGGGUUGGCUGGGUUAAAUUUCCCUUGUUUGUACAUUGUAGAUCAAUGAAUGGCAUAUCUGCAAUUCUGAUCGGAUACCUUCCAUGUCGUUUACGCCGUUUGGCUCGGAGCCCGGGAUACGGAACAUGUCCUUGUCGUUGUCCGGACUUGCGACCUGCCCUUUCAAGAGAUACCCAGAGGUGACUUCAUCCUUUCUCGUGCACACUCUGUCCUUGUACUCUGGGCGGCCGCCGGGUGAGGC